AAUACCGGUUGCCUGGAUCCAUCCAGUGAACGCCAUAGCCCUUUGGAAAGCCGUCUUCAAGUAAAAAAUUUCUCAAAUAAAUCAAUUCGUGUUUUAAUAGACAAUGUAACUGUUUUAUUUUUCGGUGCGAUUUCAGUCUGAAUGCUUGAUGUGAUAUGAGGCCUAAAAAAAGCCUCGAUGAGACUUAGAGUAGAUAAUGCACAAGAUAACAAAAGGCCUGAAAAAGAAGAAAAAGGGCAAAAAAUCUAAGCACAAAGAAGAGGAGCUUUUCAAGCCGGAAGAACUCGAAGCAUACCGUCGCGAACACCAAGAAUCCGGCGCUUCUUCAGGUCAAAACGAAGAGUGGAAGAAAUUCAUCCAACUCACAUCAGGCGUUGACGAUAUCUUAAAAAAAACCCAAGGCGACUUAGACCGCAUCAAAAGCACUUCAUUUUUUCAACGCGUUCCGCCACCCAGUCAAGUCAAAGAAGCAGCAGAGGCAGAAGAAGAAAAAGCAAAAGAAGCGGAACAACAAGUUGUUGAAGAAAACAAACAAACAGCCGAAACCAAUCUUGGCAUUGUUCAAGUCUCCGAAUCCGAAUCGGAAGAAGAGGAAGAUGAUGAUAUUUUCGACACUGCGUACAUUGAUGAAGUAAAACUAGCUUACAUCCCGGAAUCACCAAGUGAGGAAACCACCGGUGAUGACCCUUUUGACACCUCCAUAGCUGAGAGGGCGAUCUUGGGACCUGCAGUCGAACGCAAGGGCAAAAAACUAGUUCCGAUUGGAGCAGCUGUUGAGGUUUUAACAGGAAGGGUUCAAAUACCAACGUGUGCAACACCAAGACCGAGCUCAAAUCGAAGACAAGUCCUUAAGGAGAAAAACCUACUGUUGGGGAGUUUUGACGAUAACGCCAAUUCGAUUCAGACAAAUCAAGAGACUGGUAGUGAAGAGGUUCCUAAAACUUUACUCGAUGAAGAUCCGCCGACUCCACUAAGUGAACCAAUUGAUUUGGGCAAGACUUUACACCAAAUUGUUAUUCCAGAUGAAGAUGAUGAAGAAUUUGCGAAACUAGCGGCUGAGAGUUUGGCCAAAAGCCCAGUCAGUGUUGUUGCGGUACCAAGUGACCAAGUGGUCGUUCCUGAGGAAAACUGGGCCGCUUUCAGUGAAGAAAAAGCCGAAAGUCCAAAAGACCCAUUCGACACAAGCUUCGCCGAAAACAUCCUUCCAGGCAAAGCUGAGCUAAAAAUCAUCGAAAAUGAGAUUUUGAACGAAAGCAACGAUCUCGACUUCGACCCAAGAGCCGAAGACAAGCUUUCGCAAAUUAUCAACAAAGUCAGUAUUAAAGUAACUGAUCCUGCGGGACAACGGGAAUCAAUCUCGUCACUUGACCGCGUUUCAGAAACCGAUCUAAACCUAAUCACUCCAACCCACCGCGAUUUGCUCGGAGGAAGCAACACUGACUUAUCAAACCUCAACGAGCAGCCGUUACGACCUUGUGAACAAACUCCAAGUGCUGAUUACAUAGAAUAUUGCGACCCGUUCGAUACUUCAAUCGUCGAAACAGUCCAACUUCCUGGACAAACCGAACUCAAAUUUCUCGAAAAGGAACUACUCGGUGACCUUGAGGACGAAUUCGAUCCCAGAGCUGGUGAACCAAAAGAACGGACAAUUUCCCGCCCUGAUGUGCUAAACAUCGGCUCGAAAACCGUCUCCUUUGAUUUGCCGUCACCUCAGAACGAACUACUCGAAGUGCGUGAAAAAAUCGCAAAGCCUUUAACUCCCUUCUACGUGCGCAAAAACUCAGUCCCCGAGGAGUUCUUCCCAGAGGAUGAUCCGUUCGAUACGUCGUUCGUGAGCGAGAUCAAGCCGGGAAAAGCCGAAUUAAAAUUAAUUGAAAGUGAAUUGGAACAGUUGGAGGAAAAUUUUGAUUUUGAUCCGAGGAAAGAGGAGCAAAAAAUUGUUCAAGUGGUCAAAGAACCGGUGGAUUUGUUGGCGGUUGAGCACCAAGUUCCCGCCAAAGUUCUGACACCUUUGGAGGAAAAAACCGAGAUUUCGUACACAGAUCCGUUCGAUACGAGCAUAGUUAAUAUUUGUCCCGGAAAAACCGAACUGAAACUACUCGAAAGCGAGUUGAUAGAAUCAGGGCAAACUCCGGUUGAUCUACUGGACAAUUUCCCGGAUGUUGCAAGUCACACUUGCCUGAAGCCGGAGAAUUUCGACAGCGAUCCCUUCGAUACAAGCAUUGCCAAUAACAUAGCACCCGGAAAAACUGAGCUGAAACUGCUAGAAUCCGAGCUGAUUUGAAUGGAGGUGAAAACGGGAAAUCCCUUUCUCUUCACUGAAGAUGAAUACAGUUCGCCACAUUCGGCAGUUUCCAACCCUUUUCUUAUGGGAGGGGAUGAGGAUUUUCCACCUGGGGAUAAUCCCUUUCUGGGCGAAGCUGCAGCCAAUAACACCAACCCGUUUGCGUUUGAUCCAAUGGAGUUGGAACCACAAGUUGAAACUUUUGUGCAAGUUGAUGAUUUGGUUAAUCAGCAACCACCACAAAAACCCACUGAUUUGGAUUUGAAAUUCACAGCGGCGCCGUCGAGACCGCCGCCUCCAAGGCCACCAAAGGAGACACAAGACUUGCUAAUGUCAGUGAUGGGUGCUAUGGAUGCUACAAGUUCGCACUUACUGGACCGCAUCCCGCCAACCCGGACCCCAAGUCCGGUAAACAUGCGCGAUUUGCACUCCCCGAGCCCGACUCCGGAACCGCCAACCUUCGGCGAUUUACUCGAUGUUGGAAACACCAACCCCACAAAACCAACCGAAGACUUACUAACUUUGAACCAAGACAAUGACAUCAAUCAAAAUCCGCCGAACGAUAAACCGGCCCGACCUAAACCACCACGUCCAAAACCGCCCCCAGUUUUGGCAAAACCGCCCCCACCCAAGGACGAAAUGAUGGACAUGUUCGGCGUCGAAACCGUACCGAAAGUUGCGACAAAAGCCGAUAUUUUGAACUUGUACAAUGCGCCCAAGCAGGAGAAAACAACCGAUUUGUUGUUCGAUUCGGUUGAACCGGAGGAGGUUAAACCGGAACCGGUUCCGGACAAUUUUAUUUCACCGGAACCGUCGCAAAACGACCUACAAAUGGACACUAGUGACAGUCAAAGCAAGGGUUCAGUGUCCAGUGUCACGUUCAACCCUUUUGCAGCCCAGGAACCCGUUCUGGACAACAAUGUGUUCCUGCAAAAUGCUGAGAACCAAUCUCCGAAAUCAAACAUUGAUAACCAGUCUCCUGCGACCGUUGAUAACCAAUUUCCUGCGACCGAUAUUUUCGAUAAAUCAACCGUUGAUAACCAAACUGUUGUGACUGAUAUUUUCACUAAACCAGCUGUUGAUAAUCGAGAGAUUUUCGCACCAACUGUGGAGAAAACCGAAGACGAGUUCGAUGCAUUUGCACAAAAAUUUGAGUCGGUUAAAGAUGAGAAUAAGAACGGAGUUGAUGCUUGGGGUAAUGAUUUUGGGGCGAAUCAAGACAGUUCGACUGGUUUUGGGGCUGAGGAGUCGUUUGAUGCGUUUUUGGCGCUUCAGGAACCGACGGUACCUCAAAGUACACCGAAUCGGGUCAGCAAGGCGGCUUCGCAGGAGUCAGACGAGGAUAAGGAUUUCUCAGUUUUCAUCAAGCCCAAAUCGAACGAGGACUACAGCGGAGGUGCACUGCCCACGAUCGCGCCGCCCCCUGCCCCCACCCAAGCCGCCUUCAACGACACCUCCCCCCGUUUCAACCCCUUCGACCACCAUCAAACCACCGAAGCCACAAUAACCCAACAAGAACCAGCUGAGGCAUUACCAUUUGAAAUAAAACGCACCGACUCACAAGAAACACCCCCAACGCCACUUUUCGACGAAGACGUUUCGCAACCUUUGGAACCCUUCCCCAGGACCAUCUACACGGAAGCAGGUUGGGAGAUGCAGUUGCGUCAACCCAACAAGAAAAAAAUCACCGGUCAGCGCUUCUGGAAAAAAAUCUUCGUCAAAAUCGUCCAUCAAGCUGACUGCGUUCUGCUACAACUUUACAACCAACAAUCAGACAAGGAUCCUUUCCAGGAAUUGCCCUUGCAACCGUGUUAUUCCGUUUCGGAAAUCGGGGCACAACAGUACGACCAAUUCGGCAAAAUUUUCACGUUAAAGUUGCAGUAUAUUUUUUAUAAAGAAAGGCCAGGUGUGAGACCUGGACAGGUGAAAAAAGCGGAACGUAUUACAAAUAAAUUGAGCCAGUUUGCGGCUUAUGCCAUUCAAGGGGAUUACCAAGGGGUGAAGGAGUUUGGCAGCGAUUUGAAAAAGUUGGGGCUUCCGGUGGAACACGCCCCACAAGUGUCGCAAUUAAUGAAGUUGGGGUCUUUGAACUAUGAAGAUUUGAAGCAGUUUUCAAUGUGUAUUGAAGAAGCGCUCUUCAAAUUACAAGCACAUAGGGACAGGGCGUUGCAUUAUAAAAUGGAAGAGGUGCAAAUUACUCUGGUUGAUGAGCUAUACGUUGAGCAAGAUUCCGAAGGUCAUGUCGAGAAACAAAUCGCACGAGUGCGGUUAUUCUUCCUGGGUUUCUUGACAGGAAUGCCCGAUAUUGAAUUGGGAGUAAAUGACAUGCGAAGGCAAGGAAAGGAAGUAGUUGGCCGCCAUGACAUAAUCCCUGUAGUAACCGAAGAAUGGAUUCGAUUGGAAGACGUAGAAUUUCACUCCUGUGUGCAACAGGACGAAUAUCACAAAACUCACAUUAUCAAAUUUAAGCCGCCUGACGCUUGCUACAUCGAACUGAUGCGCUUUCGAGUGCGGCCCCCCAAAAAUCGCGAAUUGCCUUUACAACUCAAAGCAACAAUUUGUAUUACCGGAAACAGGGUCGAACUACGUGCCGAUGUCUUAGUACCUGGAUUCGCUUCGCGCAAAUUGGGUCAAAUCCCCUGUGAAGAUGUGAUGAUUCGGUUCCCGAUUCCCGAAUGUUGGAUCUAUUUGUUCCGAGUCGAGAAACAUUUCCGAUACGGUUCUGUCAAAUCAGCACACCGCAGAACCGGGAAAAUUAAGGGAAUUGAGCGAAUUUUAGGAACUGUAGAUACAUUGCAGGAAAGUUUGAUCGAGGUGACGUCAGGACAGGCGAAAUACGAGCACCAACACAGGGCGAUUGUUUGGAGGUGUCCGCGUUUACCAAAAGAGGGACAAGGUGCUUACACCACUCAUAACAUGGUGUGUAAGCUCGCUUUGACCAGCUACGACCAAAUGCCCGAUAAAUUAGCCGAAUUUUGUUACGUUGAAUUUACAAUGCCGGCCACUCAAGUCAGUCAUACCACCUGUCGCAGUGUCAGUUUGCAAAAUUCAGACAGUGAUGAGCCGCCUGAAAAAUACGUCCGAUACCUCGCAAGACACGAAUACAGGGUUGGGAUUGAACACACUGAAGGGGAAUCCCCGAAUGCGUACGCCGCUGCGACAUUUGUCAAAACAGCUGCACCAAAAGAGGAGGAAAAACCGGCGCCAGUUCCGGAAGAAGACUCGAGUUCGGACAGCGAUUAAUUUCUCUUCCAAGUCGUCUGCAUUAUUGUUUGUGCCUAAAUUUAGCGUUCGAUCUAGUUAGCUUGACUAGGUGCAAACAAGAGCUUCAACUGUUGUUAUACUAUAUUUUAAGCCGAUCUCAGUUAAAAUAGAUAGAGAAAAAUAUUUAUUGACGUAUUCACUUUGAGGGACAAUAUUGAAAAAUUAGGCUAGAAUUAUACAAUUUUUUCGGUUACUAUUAUUACUAGACGUGUAAAUGUACUUCAAUGUCAUGUUUGGUGAUUUCAGUUUUAACAUAUCAUUGGUGUUGUUAUUACGUAUGAUUUUUUACAUGUGUUUCUACAAAAGCACAUACAGCUAGAUUCCACCAAAGAAAAGAACAAUCUAAUCGUAAGUUGCGUGUGUUAGAAGUUGUGUUGAAAGUUGUUAUUAUUAUUAUUAUUGUUGAAAUUAUUUAUUAAACACGUAGUGUUGACUAGUUUUAAGUUUUUUUGUUCAAUGUUUUGUGCUCAUUUCCAAGCGUUUUCAACCGAUGAUGAGAGAAAUCUCGUCGUCAAAGAGUCAAAAUCUAGUCACUAGUACUUAAGGAAUGUAACAUAAUUUACUGUGGCCCAUACAAAUUGUACAUUAGCAUAGUUUUAUCCAUAACUAUAUUAUAUCCAACCUAUAUGUAUAAAAAACAAAAUAAAUCGUAAUGCUUAUAAUAGUUAAAA